UUCCAUAAGAAGUUUAAAAUAAAGAAAAAAGAAGUGAAGAAAAUGAAAGUGCCCCAGCGCAGGAAGAAAAAGGAAACUACAUCAGCAAAACAGUCCAGUGACUUGGCACAGGACGAUGAUAUCGCAGAAGGACACACACCAACAAAAAAAAGAAAGAAAUGGCAGCCAAAGGCUAAAGCAGCACCCAGUACCUUGUCUGUUUCCAUAAAACCAAGUGAACAGUCCUCAAAGGAAGAGAAAACAGAAAAGAAAACAAAAAACAAAACCUCCAAAGUUAAUAUGAAGGUUUUAAAGAAGAGAGGACUAAAUGGCAAGACACAUCUCAGAGUAUCAGACAAGUUGGCAGACAAACAAAAAAAGCCUAGAGAGAAGAUAAAGCCGCAGCAACUGAACUGUAAAGCAGACAUCAGAUUUUCCCUUCUCAACCAGAAUGUACAUGAGCUUCCACUUGAGAAGAAAGAUGAAGAUAAAAAAGAAAUUGAAAAUCCUGAAAAUGAAAAGCCUGAAGGCAGCAAAAAUAUAUUAUCAAAGGAAAAGAAAGAGGAUGAGUUAGAGAACACUGACCCAGAAAAUGUGGGAGAAAGCGAAUCAGGGGGAACAGAACAGCUGAAGAACCUGACAGCUUUCGACUCCAACCUUUUUGACAUUACUGAGCGUCCGUGUGAACUACUAUCUGAGAAAAACAAAUAUGAAGAAAAGGAAGGACAAAAGGAUGAAAACAGCAAAGAAGCACAGCCAAAAGAGAAAGAUAUGAAUAUGGGAGGAAAUGAACCCAGUCCAGAAGAGAAAGUGCGGCCAGAACAGUUAAAGAAUAAUUCGGCUCCCGUUAUGUUGCCAGGACUUCUAGAACUAAAUGGACUACCAUCAGAAGAGGAGGAAGAAGAAGAGAAGGAUGAAAAAAGAAUGUCAAGCAAUUCCAAAAUGAUUUUAAAGAAAACAGGACAGGAUGCCCAGACCCAGGUCAAUGGGUCAGAGAGCAUGAUAAAAGAACAACACAGACCAGAAGAAGCAGAACAUGAUGAAAUGAACUAUAAAUCAACUCCCGUUAUGUUGCCAGGGUUCCUAGAACUAAAUGAGUUACCAUCAGAAGAGGAGGAAGAAGAGGAUGGGAAGGAUGAAAAUAGAACGUCAAGCAGUUCCAAAGUGGUUUUAAAGAAAACAGGGCAGGAUGUCCAGACCCAGGUCAAUGGGUCAGAGAGCAUGAUAAAGGAACAACACAGACCAGAAGAAGCAGAACGCGAUGAGAUGAACUGCAAAUCAACUUCCGUUAUGUUGCCAGUAUUCACAGAACCAAAUGAGCGGCCUUCAGAGGAGGAGGAGGAAGAAGAGGAUGGGAAGGAUGAAAACAGAACGUCAAGUAGUUCCAAAAUGGUUUUAAAGAAAACAGGACAGGAUGUCCAGACCCAGGUCAAUGGGUCAGAGAGCAUGAUAAAGGAACAACACAGACCAGAAGAAGAAGCAGAACGCGAUGAGAUGAACUGCAAAUCAGACUUUGAAGUUUGCUUCAUCACCCAACACCCAUGUGAGCCGUCAUCUGAGAAGAAGAAUAAGGAUGAAAAAAAUGAUGAUAAAAGUUCUGAAGACAGCAAAAAUAUAAUAUCAGAAAAUGGGAAAGAAGACACGCUACAGUACACUGUGCGAGAAAUUGUGAAAAAAGAUGAGAUAAAACUUCAGAAGAGACUGGAGGUGGUACAGCCGAAUAACACAUCAGAUUCAAAGCCUCUCCCAGUCACCCAGCAGUUGUGUGAUCUGCCAUCUGAAAACAAUCAGAUGGAAGAACAUCAGGAAAGUAUACCAUCUGGAAGCAACAAAAAGGCACUAUCACCAUCAGAUAUAAAUGAAGACAUGUUACACUUUAUUGUAACACAGCAUUUGGAAGAAGAGCCAAGACUACAGGAGAGUUUGGGGACAGUGCAUGUAAAGAACAAAACAGACAUAAGUGAGCAGUCUUCAGAGGAGAAAAAUGAAAAGUCAGAAUGUACUACAACGGUGUUAAACAAAAAUGCAAAUGAUGACAAGACACGGGUCAAGAAAUUAGACAAAGCAGUGAAAGAACAAAAGAAAUCAAAGAAGGCUGAUAGGCAGCAACUGAACUGCAAAGCAAACUCCAGACGUUUCACUAUCAACCAGCACCCACAUGAACUUCCAUGUGUGAAGAGGGAAGAAAGGAAUCAAAACAAAAUCUCUGAAGAUAGUAAAAAUGAAUUACCUAAAGAACAUGAAAGUCUGCAGUACAGCAUGUCAGGAAAUGUGGGAAAAGAUGUGCCAGACCUACAGGAGAAUGUAGAGACACAACAGUCGACAAAUAAAGUAGCAUCCACAACUAUAUCCACAUGUGCUCACACAAGUGACAAACCAAUGGAGGAAAAGAAGGAAGACCAGUCAGAAGGUACCACAAAUAUGUUUAGCAAAGAUGAAGAUGACAAAACACAGUUCAGCAAGUCAGACAAGGCAGGAUAUAAGCGAAAGAGACCAAAGGAAAAGCCAGAGGUAGAGCAGUGGAAAUCCAAUGCAGUCUCAGAACCUUUUCUUGUAACCUGUCAUCCAUGUAAACUGCCAGCUGAAAAGAAGAGGAAGAAAAAUAAAGAAAUUAUGCUAAACAAGACCAAAAGCAGCAAAAACACCUUGACAUCAUCAGUAUUAUCAAAGGAAGACAAAAAGCACAAGCUGCAUUAUGCAUGGCCAGAAAAAGUGGAAGGGGAAGAAUCAAGAAUUCUGCAGAAAGAGGUGAUAGAAGAGGUGAAAAACAGUGCAGCACCUGAUAAUUUGCCCAAAUUCCUGCACUCAAGUGACCAGCCUGCAGAAGAGAAGAAAGUAGGCAGAAAUUCAGAAGGCAACAUAAAGGUGUCGACUGAGAGACAAGAGAAUAGAAGCACCCAGGUCAGCAUAUCAAACAAGACCACUGGCAAGCAGCAGAGACUGAAGAAAAAAGCAAAAAUGCAGCAGUUGCAGUACACACCAAAUCCCAAACAUUUUCCCAUCAAAAAACACCCGCCUAAGCCCCCAUCUAAAAAGAAGAAGAAAGAAAAGAAGGAAAAUAAAAGUGAAAGUGGCAAAAAUCUGCCAUCAUCAUUAAAAAGGGAGAAAGAAGGCAAACGGCAGUAUACUCCGUUAGAAAAUGAAGGCAGAGCUGUGCCAAGACUACAUAAGAAAAAGAGAGUAGAAGAGCUUGGGAGCAGUGCACUUAACAGGAGCAGUGUGUAUAUUGAGCAAAGGAGCAAAAAACCUUCAUAUGGAAAUUGCCAUUCAUCACUUCCUAAAGAAAAACGUCUUCUUUCUGAAUUUGGGAAAAAUAACCAUGAACUUCCUCUUGUUUCAUCUCAACAUAGCCAUAAAGAUAAAAGGCAGUAUAAAUGUUUAGAAUGUAAUAAAAGUUUCAUUGCAGAGAAACAGCUCACAAUCCAUCAACAAAAUCAUAUACGAGUCCAAAAGCAUUCAGACUUUAAGAAAGGGUUUUCAAAAAUGCAUAAACUAAUAAUUAAACAGUGGACCCACAAGUGGGAGAAACCUUAUAAAUGCACCAAAUGUAGCAAAGUGUUUUCCCAAGAAGACCAUCUUCUAGCACACCAGAAGGGUCAUAUGAGGAAGAAAUCGCAUAAAUGCAUGCAGUGUGAUAAGAGAUUUGCAAGAAAGGAAUAUCUACUCAACCAUCAAAAAGUUCACACGGGAGAGAAACCGCAUACAUGCCCUGAAUGCAAUAAGAAGUUUGCCCACAAACAUAACUUGUUAUCACAUCAAAGGGUUCAUACAGGACAGAAGCCAUAUAAAUGUACUGUAUGCAACAAGAAAUUUGCUCAUCAACAGAAUAUGAAAAAGCAUAUGCUUGUUCACACUGGGCAGAAGCCAUACAAGUGUACAGAGUGUGGUAAAAGUUUUGCCCAAAAGCAAAACCUAACAAGGCAUCAACGAAAUCAUACAGGACAGAAACCAUACAAAUGUAGUGACUGUAACAAAUUAUUUUCCCAUAAACAGACACUAAUGGUGCAUCAACGACUUCACACAGGGCAGAAACCAUAUAAAUGUGCAGAGUGUAACAAGAAUUUUGCCCAUAAACAGAAUCUAAUUAGGCAUCAGAGAAUUCACUCUGGACUCAAGCCUUAUAAGUGCAAUGAAUGUAAUAAGAUUUUUACCCAGAAACCUCAUUUAGUAGCACACCAAAGGGUUCAUACUGGGCAGAAACCUUAUAAGUGUGCUGAAUGCAACAAGACGUUUGCUCAUAAACCAAGUUUGAUAUCCCAUCAGUGGAUUCACAUGGGGCAGAAACCACAUAAAUGUAAUGAAUGCAACAAAUAUUUCACUACACAUAGUAACCUUUUGCGUCAUCAGCAGGGUCAUGUGAGAUAAAAAUAUGUAUGUGCACUAUACUUGUUAUAAGAUAUAAUGAAAUGUUCUGCUAUGCUGUGGCUUAACGCAACAUUCAUUCUAAGCAAGGCAAAAAAAAAUAACGUAAGUAACGUAAGUAAUUGAAAGCAUUAAUGCCACAUGGACAUUUGAUAAAGACCUGUUGGUUCACUUAGUGUACCCAUUAAGCCUUACCUUCUCUGACUUCCAGUGCCUAACUGUGUUUUUAUGAUCCGUCCCUAGUUAUAAGAGUUCGAUUAUGUCCCACAAAUUUGUAGCUUUUGCAAUUACAGCCUUUCUCUACCAUCUUUUGCAGAAGAAUGUUCCAAGUAUCCACCACCCUUCUUGCAAAUGCAUUGAAAACUGUGACCAGACUUAUAAAUAUAAAACCUGAGUUAUGUAAAGAUAUCUUAUUUAUAAAUGCUGAAUGUAAAUAGAUUUUUUAAGUCAGUCUAGAUAGGUAAGUUAUAAUUAGGUCAUUAUUAAGUUAAAAAUAUUUAACAACACUAACCACAGUAAGAAAUCUUAUAAAUGUAUUAAAUUUAACAGGGGUAAGCCAAAAUAAAAUGCCAUUUAUUCUUGCUUAUUUUUCUCCGCAUUGUCUGCUGCUAUUAUCUUACUGCCAGCACCCCAGUAUUGGGGGAGAGGGGGCCAUCAUCCAGGCAACCAGUCAUUGCUUUUGUUAACCCUCAGUGCUGUAACCCCCAUUUAUUCAAACUUGGAAUCACAAAGAGAAGGUGAGAUUACAUACUACCAUCUAUUUAUUCAUUCUGUUUAGUUGUGUUUAUUUUGAGUACAUAGGUAAACUAGAUUACAGAAGGAUGUUUCUUCAGCCAUGACUUAGUUACACAAAAUUUGAAAAAUAAAAGAGAUUUGGAAGUGCCUUAAUUAAAGUGAACAGUGAAUACAUUACUUAAAGACUGUUACAGAACAAUUGUAGCAAGUAACACAAGGUAAAACCUAAUGAGACUUUAGGGACUUCAAAACCUGGAGAUACUUAUAGAAAAUAAAGAUAUGGUUAAACUGAAUGAAGGGUAACAUUAGUAUGUAGGGUUAUCAAGAGAUAUAGGUGGAAAAAAAGAUGAUUAAAGAAGAUAUUGGGACUACAAAUUCGAAGGAGAAGGUGGAAUAUUUCAGUGACAGCCAACAAAUGCCAGUUGAAGAAACUAGAGGGUAGGAAUAUAAAACUUGCGAAAAUAUUUGGUGACAUGCUGAGAGUUGUAACAAGACGCCAUAGUGGAAGUAAACAGGGAAAUGAGGGGGAAUGUAGGAUAGCUACAGAGAAAAACAUGAGGAAGUUCAGAAGAUCAUGCAGACCUGUUACAGUUAAUAAUUGCAGAGAUGUGGGUUUUUGAGUAAUUGUUGACAGGCUGCGAACGUUGGGAAGGAGAAUUUGUGUGGUAGUAGGGUUCUUCAAAUUUUAAGGACAUAAAAAAGGUUUUAUGGCCUGAGGUGAGUAGGUAAAACACAGGGAAAGAGAGUCCAUGUUGUUGAAGUUAUGGAUGUGGGAGGCAUCUUCUGAAUAUAGGAUGUUGCUGCUCAUGCUGUACAUUGAGCAUAAUAGUAUUAGAUAAGUGCUCUUGUAGUGGCUUGGUGGGCAGUCUUAGAAAAGGUGACAGACACAGUGGAAUUCAUUUUUAGGGGAGUGCACAGUAAACUGGUAUGCACUGUUUUAAACAACUACAAGUAUUACAAUGUUGCAGUCUGUUAGGGAUUAGGAAGACCAUACUGCAGGACUAGCCAAAGGGCCCUUUUUCCUCGUAUUCACUGCCCUUUUGUAAUAAGGAAAGAAGCUGUGUGACAUGUUUUCAUCAUAUGGUAAUUCUGUUUUGAGAAAGUCAGCAUAAAAGAAAUUGUUAAUGGAAGGUUAAGGAUAACCGCAUGGUUCUUGAAACCAUUGACUAUUUAAAUAAAGUAUGGCUCCUGAAAGGGUUUUGAUGGCCAGGUUUGUGGUGCAAUUUGUCUCCUGUUAGUGGGGUCAUAUAUCAUGGCUUUGGUCAAAUACACAUUUAAUUUGCAAUGUUUUUUUAUGUAGCCACUUUGACAGCAUGAGGAGGUGGCCUUAUAAAUCAUUACUAAUGGUUUUUGCUGAGGUGUCAGUCCUGGACAGGACUGCAUCUUCAGAAUAAGAUUUGCUUUACCAGGGUUUCUGGUUGAUCCCAGAGUUUACAGUGAUAGAGAAAAGCAUGUAUCUUGUAUGGAACCCAGUGGAGUUUUCAUUGAAAGAAGAAAUGGUAGAGCAACCAGCAGAAAUUAAAUGAAAAGAGGUAGCUAGAAAGAGACUGCAGCUAGCAAAAGAGUUCAGAAAGAGAGGAGGGUGAAGCAAAGACAAAAACGGAUUAAAUGAAGGCAGAAUCACAACACAGAGUGUAUAGGCCAGGCCAUGAAAAGAAGUAUUGGAGUGAUAGGGGUAGAAACAAGGACAAGUGAUAAAGCAGAAAAAUUUACAAAAUCGUACAAUUGUAUGAUAGCUCAACCUGUAAAAUGCACAAAUAAUCCUGACUGAAGCUUUCACUUGGUUUAAAACCUGGGAUAUGAAUAAGGGUAGAAGAGAAGUAAGUCAGCGUCAUACUAGCAAUGCGUAUAGCUACAGGAUAGCAAUGCGUAUAGCUAUACGAUAGGUGUUCAUUAUAGAAAAACGGAUGUUUCCACAACAUAUACAUUUUAAUAUCAGUUUGGAUAUCCAAGUCAGUUAUUUUCCAAAACAAAUUUAUUUGGUCAAGAAAAGAAAGAAAAAAUAUAACCUAUGCACAAGAUAUGGUCUAGCAUGAGGCCUUUUGUCCACAAAAACUGAUCCAGCAGUACUUAAUAUGCUUGAAAGCUGAUACUCUUUGUGAGGAGAGUGCAGUGUCCCUUCUAAGGAGAGAAAAAAGGUGAUAGAGGUGCCACUUCAAGGGUGUGAGAACUCCAGAAGGAUAAAAUCCCUUUUAGCUCUUUGAAUGAAUUUGCCAAGAUAAAAAUGUCAGAAAUUACAGGGGAGAAGGAUGGCAUAUUUUUAGUUAUUUGAUGAAAUGCAUUUGGCCUUUUGUGGUAAUGUAUGCAUCCCCCAUGGAAAGCAAAUAGACCAGAAGUAAUUGCAAAAAGGUUUUGAUAGGUGUCAACUUGGCAGAUUUAGUAAGACUAAGGGAUGGAGGUCAGUGGAAGUCCUGAUGAUGACAGGAGGUAACAGCUAAGAGGUAAAUGUAUGACUGGGUUCCAGCAAUGAGACUUUAUUUAAACUUUGAGUCAUUUAGAAAUCUGGAUCGUUCUUCAGAUGCCCUCAUUCAUCUUAAAAUGGUAGCUGCUGUGGGGCAGGUAAAAGUGUGUCAUGGAUCCCAUAGUCCAUCACUCUGUCAAGUCAGAGCUAAGGAGGAGGUCUUCCGUUCUGCAGGAGUUUCAGCAUGAUACCAAAAGUGAAAAAUCCUGCUCAGCAUUCCAGUGUUAUAAUAAUAUAGAGCUAGCUUGCUUUGGCAGUACAGAAAAUGCUGAGUGCUCACACUGUAUGCAUUUAACAGAUGUAUAAUGCAGUGAUUCAAGUGUCCAGGAGGUUAAGGGCACAGGUAUUGUCCACAGAAAAACAGCAGAAAAUCAAACAUGCAUUGUGUUCUAACACAUAAGGCAAGAAGAAAUUAAACUAUGUGUUCUAAUUAAAAGUGUUCAACAAAUGCGAUAUAAA